AUGGCCGCCGGCGCCUUCUUGGAACUCCUGGAGUGGCUUCGAGAGGUGCUCCUGCAGGACGCUGUCUUCCUUCGCGAGUCCUACCCCGACCAUCCUAUCUUCCAGGAUCCGGUCUUCUCUUGCCCCGAGUUUGAAGCGUUCGCCAGCAAAGUUCAAGACACAUGCACACGGGACCACGAAGACAGCCAUACCACGGUCAUUCAAAAGCGAUGCCGGUGGUUGCGGAGAAGCUGCGCACAUUGGAUGAGUUUGCGCAGGCGACCUACACCGUCACCUUCAGCCCCGGCCAAGGUGCUGCAGGUCAACAUGCGGAGAUCGCGGGAGCUCAUCAACAGAGGCGCCGCGCUCCACGAGAGACGGUCCUCAGGUCGAGAUAGGCCCUUCGCAAGCGGGCGGUCCGACAUACGCUCCGCUCUCUAG